GUGGGUAUAUCAUUACAAUUACAAAGAAUCACAAAAGGCAACAAAUUUACAUAUAAAACCUCUCAUUCAAGUUUGAACUAAAUGAAGGCAUCGUAAGGUUAAAGAAUGAUUAUGAGUAAGGCUGUUUACUUAAAAAUCCAUUGAUUUAGCUAUAUACUUAUUCUACUUUUCAUUUCAUCUCUUACGAUUAUUGGCUCGGGUAUUUUUUAAUUACUACAAGCUAGGUUUUGUUAGUUUUCAUGGAGUUUGAAGUUAAGAACACAAGCAAUUUGAAAAUGGUGACAACAACAAGCUCUAAGAAUGGAAAUCAUGAUCAGAAGCUUCAAACGAAAAUGUCGGCCCUCGUCGUCGAUGAUGAUGCUAUGAUUCGUAGAAUUCAUCGAAAGGUCUUGGAAAAUCAUGGAAUAGAAAAUCAGGAGGUGAGAAAUGGGAAAGAAGCUAUUGAGAUUAUUUGUUCAGGCAGAAAGUUUGAGCUUAUUCUGAUGGACAGGGAUAUGCCUGUCAUGAAUGGCAUCGAGGCAACGAAGCAGCUGCGUGACAUGGGGAUACGCAGCACAAUUGCGGGUGUAUCAACAAGAUCAUCAUCAUCUGAAGUGCAAGAAUUUAUGGAAGCAGGCUUAGAUGAUUUUCAGGAGAAGCCUUUGACACCUGCAAAGCUCAAAAACAUUCUCGAUAACAUCAAGUACAAAGCUUCAGUUUCAUAAUUUUAAUUAAAAAACCUUUGUAUUUAGUUUGAUGUUUAGUUUCUUUAAAUUUUAUGAAUAUGUAUGAUUUGCUUACUAAGUUGGAAAUGUCAAUGACUUCACCUUAUAAAGGUUAUAUAAAUA